GUAAGACAUUGCUCCCUCCCUGAAGUGGAACAGUGGAAUUUUGAACUUUGAAACAUGGCUGUUUUUUUUCCCUUAACAUUUUCAUUUUCAGUUAUAAUGUGCAGUGUUGUAGGAUUUUAGUGAGCGUUAUGAUAGUGACGCUGUUCAAGAACGUCACAGGAUGCGCGAAUACAAACUGGUCGUCCUUGGUUCAGGAGGUGUGGGGAAGUCUGCACUGACUGUACAGUUUGUCCAGGGAAUAUUUGUUGAAAAGUAUGACCCAACAAUAGAAGACUCCUACAGAAAGCAAGUUGAAGUAGACUGCCAACAGUGUAUGCUUGAAAUCCUCGACACAGCAGGAACAGAGCAAUUCACAGCAAUGCGAGAUCUGUACAUGAAGAACGGCCAGGGGUUUGCACUAGUAUAUUCUAUAACCGCACAGUCAACGUUUAAUGACCUACAGGACCUGAGAGAACAGAUCCUACGAGUCAAGGACACUGAAGAUGUUCCAAUGAUUCUGGUUGGCAAUAAAUGCGACUUGGAAGAUGAGCGAGUAGUGGGCAAAGAGCAGGGCCAGAACCUAGCAAGACAAUGGAACAACUGUGCCUUUUUAGAGUCUUCUGCAAAGUCGAAGAUCAACGUUAAUGAGAUCUUUUAUGACCUGGUCAGGCAGAUCAAUAGGAAAGCACCAGUGGAAAAGAGUAAAAAGAAAAAAUCCCAAUGUAUGCUGCUUUAAACUUCUGCUAUGCAGCAGGUCUGAGCCAGGUAUGAAGAACUGUUGCCUAAUUGGAAAGUGCCAGCAUUCCAAUUUCAAAAAAAAUUAACAUAUCUGAAGAGGCUUCACCCGUUUUUAUAUCUUCGAUUUAAAAAAAAAAGAUCUCCAGAAGACAGUUUGCACAUACUGUUCCUGAAAUUUGCCAUGUGCAUCGCUUGAACAGACAGUAUUUUCACCUUUUUGCAUAGUGGUCAUAGCCAAUGUGGAUUAAUGAUGAGUUUAGUUGUAUGAUUAUACAAUAAAGCAUGGACACAUUUCCAAUGUUGUAGAUGUUGCAAGUGAAAUUAAGAGUUGAUUACAUAUUGGCCUUUUAUCAUUGCACCUCUUCUCCCUAUCGAGCACUAAUAGUUCAAGGAUAGUUUUUGACAUUUUUAGCCCAUGUCGUUCCUUGAUGGACUUAUCCCAACAGUUAACAUCUACUUUUGGUCGUUGUGGCUCCGUUUUAUAUUGGGAAGUUACAAGAUCACCUUACUUUCACUAUACAAUUGUAUUCUAAUUAAAAUGUUUUGUGCAUAAUGCUUUGGAAAAAUGGGUCUUUUAUAGGAAAACUGUGGAAAGCUGAUUUCUAUGUCUCUCUCAAAGCUGAAAUAUAUUAUACUAAACCAACUCUAAA